UAAAGACGCUUCCUGAUGUCAGCUGUGGUGUAAAAAAAUAAUUUAAAAAGAUAUAAUAGCAAUUAAUUCUUACAAACAAAUCUUGUAGCAUGUUUUUAUGAGUUUAGCUUUAGGCUCUGAACACGCAGGAUGUGGAGCAGUUAUGUAAAGUUAUAGGCAAAACUGCGUAUUGGCAUCUUCAAAGUUUGUUGACAUUUCAUGAUUUUGUCAAAACUGGAACUGAGUUAUAAUAAAUCCUUUUGAACAGUUGAAUACGCUUUAGCAAAAACGUAUUAUGGAUAAAGCAGCACGUGCUGUUAGAAGGAGCAGUGUUAAGCUGUUGUCUCUUGGUGGUUGCCAUGGUGAUCUGAAUGUUUUGAUCUCGGAGGUUAAGGAUAUGCGCAAUACUGCCAAGGCAUUCCUAAAUGCUCAAAAUGCUGCGUCGCAAGACUUUUUAAAGUGGGCUUCAAAUGAAGAAAAUCGGGCUAUACAAGAUGUAGCCAAUCAACUGGCUGAACUGAAUUUAGCAUGGUCAGAAAUACAGCGAGAAUUCAUUGAACAUAUCAAAGAGCAUAAACGGAUGUUUGAAAUGGUGCUUGAAGGAGAAAAACAUGUGUUCCAGGCAAAGAAUAACUUUGUGUCCUGUGAACAGAGGGAGUACAAGAUAAGAAAAGAGAUUAAGAAGGCAUUCAAGAAAGCAUCCUCAGCUGAACUCCAGAUUUUGGAGAAUCGACUUCUCCAAGCAGAAAGAGCCAAAGAUCUUGCUCAGAUAGAAGUGGGUGAUCGUCACCAGGAAAAUGAGGCCGUCAAGUUAAUCAGAAUCAAGGAUGGACUCCUCAAGAUGUCAGAAUCCUACAUUGAUUAUGCUAAAAAGUGUUCUGUGAUUUUUGAAGCCCAGAGAGACAUUGCUCUUCAGCUGCCUGAUGUACAUGAUCAGGAUCUACAUGAUAUCAAGUACACAGGUUCAGGUACAACCAAAUUUGUUGUUCAGGAAGCAAAAGAAAAAGUCCGCCAGUACAGAAGAAAGUCUGACAAUCUCCAUCAGUCACCUCAUCAGUCUACCUUUGAACCACCCCCUCCAUAUUCCCCUGGAGAGUACAUUACCAGCGACACCAGUCUGUACAGUAGUCCUUCUUUUACCUCCAACAGUGAGGUGUCGCCACGGAGACCACCUAAUAGUCUUUCAUCUCAGGGACGGCAGAACACACUGGAUGAUGAUGCAGUGUGGGAUAGUGAUUAUGAAGAGGAUUUGACGGGAGCAAUGGGUGGUGCCAAGAUAUAACACAGGUUGUCACUUGAUUCAGGUGUUCGAACAUGCCUGGCUUAUUCACAGGGACAGUAAGAUGAUGCCAAAAAUGUAAUACAAAAUAGGAUUUGACUUAAAAUGAUUUGAUGUGUCUGCGUGGCAGAUGUAAUCAAUAUAACAUAGAGAAUUUGUUUUACUACUAACACAUGAAGAUGUUCAGUGAGUUUUCUCAGAACCAGCUAUUUAAAUACAGUUCUCAGAACCAGCUAUUUAAAUAUACAGUUUUCUCAGAACCAGCUAUUUAAAUAUACAAGGUUCUUGCUGAAUCCACAAGAUUGCUCUUCCGCAAUGCUUUUUCCCUUUGUUGCUUAUACUUGAACAUGUUAUUAAAUUAAAAUAUUUAGAGUGAUUAACCCAAUUUAAAAUAAAAUGCAUGUAAAGAUAAUAAAGGUAAAAUGCUAAUUAUAAUGUGUGCAAAGAUAAUAUUCUGUUAUAAUGUAUGUAAAGAUAGUAUCCUAAUUAUAUUGUAUGUAAAAAAUAUUAUUCUAAUUAUAAUGUGUGUAAAACGAACACUCUAAUGAUGCAUAUAAAUAUUAGCAUGAUAAAAUAAGGCCAGGUCUGAACAUUUUGAGAAUGAUUGUUUUUUCGAGUGUCACUUGCACAGGUCUAGUUUGCUUAACCUAUUUUUUGUUUGCCCAUUAUAUUUAGAAUUCGUCACGACAGGUUGCAUUUAAAAAAAAAGGGCUUCCUAGGCCCGUGCUUAUAAAUUUUUUAGAGUCUAGACUCAAUCUUUAAUGGUGUCACACACAUACAUGUAUAGCGUUGCCAUGACAUUAAAGUAUCAGAAUCUUAAGAGUCUUGAGUCCAUUGGGCAGGAAUUUGGUUUGGUAUAACCCAUAAAUGGUUUAUGCAAAUGUUCAAUUCUCAAGAGGCUGCAAUCUGGCUUGACUGACUGGACACCACACAGGUGUGUAGAUGCGAUGCUGUAAAGUGAUCUGCCUGGUGACGGAAUAUUUCAGACCUUGAGCUAACAGUCUUUGCCAAACUGGCUUCUGAUAGGGUAAUAAACAAUUGGUUGUUAUCAUUUGUAUUGUUCAAGUAAAUAGUGUCAAAGAUUGUUUUAUUCCAAACAUUCCAUUAUGUGACUGCAUAUAUACUGAACUACUCAUUAAAAAUUUGCAUCCCGAGUUUUGUGCAGUCUGUGUGUAUGUAUAUAUAUAAUUAUAUAUAUAAGUGUGGACCAUGACUGCAGUCUAUUAAAACAAGACUGUUAGAAUGUUGUGCAUGGGAAUUAGAGUGGACCUUUGAAAUACUGAUAAGAUUAAUUAUUUUGACUUGGUUUUCUUAUUCUUUAUUUCCAAUUUGAUUCACAAUAAUAUAAGUAAUAAAUAGUGAGUGUUAAUUUAACAGUUGAUAUAUGGAUUGAAAUGUACUUUUGUAUAUUUAAUUAAUAAUGUGUGUGUAAGAUGCUCAGACACUUCUCUUAAAGGAAACAUGACACGAGACCAUAUUAUAGCUCAUUUUAAAAGA